AUGAUCAUCCGAGAAUGGCAAAAUAUUGGUACCCAUUGGUUCCGGUUCGCGUGCCCCCAGCGAAGAGACUGCAUGCAAGCGAGCCGACACUACAGACAUUUGCACAGCAAACGAGCCAGCGAGCGGAGCAGAGAGCGAAGGAGCGGGUGGGUUCUCCGACAGCACUUUGAAAAACGCCAGGGGAUUUGCAUCAGAAGGCCCGGAGGACGUUUGGGAUAAGCCUGUACUACGUUCGUCUGUCAAAGGAAACUACAAUCGAAACACACACACAAGAGCCAGCUGUCCCUAAAAUCCGUGGUACAAGCUGGAGAUUGAUUUGAGAGGCGCAGCCUAAGCGACAGCAGUGGUGGCAUCGCACAAAAGGAGGAGCUCCACCCCCACGCAAAUGCCGCUGUUCUCAAGGUCCCGCUCGAGGAGCAGCAGCGCUGGCAGCAAUGGUCAGCACAUCGCGACAGCAAACGGCGGCGGUGGGCCAGGCAAUAGCAGCAGCAGC